CGCCUCUGCGUUACAACACCAUGACCAUCAUCUGGAUCUGCACGGCCCUAGUGUCCGGCCUGGUCACCUUCCUGGCCUUCAUCAUCUGCAGGAAACGGCAAGGCUACACUUUACCACACUACCCUUCGCUGCUGAAGAGAGACAAGAAGAAAGCUGUUGUUGAAAGAAGACCUGAAGAGGUCCCGUUUGCAGUUUGUCACAAACCCUGUAGGAGACACAGCCAACAUGUGGAGGAAGCUGCUCUGCUCAGACACUGUGGCUACAGCAAAGCCUUCCAGGACUCAGACGAGGAGAAGAUGCAUUAUCAGAAUGGUCAUGUGUCAUUUCCCGACGCGAGGUUUUAUAUCGACCCGCACACGUACGAGGACCCCUGCCAGGCAGUCCAUGAGUUUGCCAGAGAAAUUGAAGCUUCCAGGAUCAAAAUCGAGAAAAUCAUUGGCUCAGGGGAGUUCGGGGAGGUGUGUUACGGACGUAUGAGGCUCCCGGGGAAACGAGACAUCGCUGUUGCACUGAAGACCCUGAAGGCAGGGUACACAGAGAAGCAGAAGAAGGAUUUCUUGGCUGAGGCAUCCAUAAUGGCCCAGUUUGACCACCCGAAUGUCAUUCGCUUGGAGGGGGUGGUAACUCACAGUAAACCGGUGAUGAUUAUCACAGAGUACAUGGAGAAUGGCUCUCUGGAUGCUUUCCUCAGGAGGCAUGAUGGCCAGUUUACCAUCAUACAGCUGGUUGGGUUGCUGCGUGGUGUCGCAGCAGGUAUGACCUACCUGUCUGACCUGGGCUACAUCCACCGGGACCUGGCUGCCCGCAACAUCCUGGUCAACAGCAACUUGGUGUGCAAGGUUUCGGACUUCGGCCUGUCCCGAGUGCUGGAGGACGAUCCCGACGCUGCAUACACCACCAGUGUGAGUUUUCACAUUGAGGGUGGAAAAAUCCCAAUCCGCUGGACGGCUCCGGAAGCCAUUGCCUACAGAAAAUUCUCCUCUGCCAGUGACGUGUGGAGCUACGGCGUGGUCAUGUGGGAGGUGAUGUCUUACGGAGAGCGCCCAUACUGGAACCUGACCAACAGAGAUGUGAUCAAGUCUGUGGAGGAGGGCUACAGGCUGCCUGCUCCUAUGGGCUGCCCUGCUGCUCUGCACACACUCAUGCUGGACUGCUGGCAGAAGGAUCGCAACGAGAGGCCGCGUUUUUGCCAAAUAGUCACUGUUCUUGACAAGCUAAUCCGCAACCCAGAGAACCUAAAGUCCAUGGACACGCUCUGCAGUUUAAGCAGCCCUCCACUAAUGGAAAGAGCCAUCCCUGACUUCAGCAGCUGUAACUCAGUAGAUGAAUGGUUGGACACUAUAAAGAUGGGCCGCUACAAGGAACACUUUGCAGCAGGGGGAUACCACACUCUAGGACACGUCAUCAGCAUUAAGCAAGGGGACAUUCAAAGGUUGGGAGUGACUCUGAUGGGCCACCAGAAGAAGAUCCUGACCAGCGUCCAGCUGAUGAGGGCUCAGGUCUUCAACAAAAGUGUUCCAUCAGUGCAUGUAUAACUACAGAUCUGGAGCUUCUUCCUGCUCACAUUUUUAAACUAGGCUUCUAUAAACUGAAGACGGACUCUGAGGUCAAGAGGACACACUUGGGAACUUUACAAGAUUUUUACUUGAGAAAAUGAACAAAAUGUUGACUGUUUAGCUGCAGAGUUAAACAGGACUUAUUUGACUUAUCCCCACUCGAUGGUUUGUUUUGUUUAUGAAUGAAAAGACUGCCUUAAACACCUCAAAUUAUUGAACUUUUAUUGUUUACAAAGAGAAGGUAGUUUAUCAUGAAUACAUCGGCGAGAGCAGGAGGAAAGAUGUAGCAACUGUUUUUAUUAUUGCUUGUUUUGUUCUGAUGAGGCUGCAGAAACUGAGGUCCAGAAUGUAACAAAAGUCAGGUUUUGUCUGAGAGUCUCCAAACAUGAAUACUUCCUUUACUCCUGAUAACACACAACUACUGCACCUGA